AUGUCGAAUUCGAGCAGCAUUGAUGGACAUAAACUCAUAAACAACGGCUGGUUCACGGAAAUCAGUGAUAAACACUUCCCGGGUCAGGGACUCUCUUUGAAGGUUGAAGAAGUGCUGCACCACUCACAGAGCGAAUUCCAGGAUAUUUUGGUCUUUAGAAGCAGUACUUUUGGCAAUGUCCUGGUCUUGGAUGGAAUAAUUCAGUGCAGCGAGAGGGAUGAAUUCGCCUACCAGGAGAUGAUCAGCCAUGUGCCGUUGUUUGCUCAUCGCGAGCCCAAGAGAGUGUUGGUUAUCGGUGGAGGAGAUGGUGGAGUGAUCAGAGAGGUGGUCAAACAUGCGUGUGUGAAGUCGGUAGAUCUGGUUGAAAUAGACAGCACUGUCAUUGAGCUGUCCAGGAGAUAUUUGCCGCAUAUGUCAUGCGCUCUGGACAACAGUAAGGUGAAAAUUCAUUUGCGCGAUGGGUUCCAGUUCUUGCGAGACAUUGGCCAUGCCCAGGAUGAAGAGAAAUACGAUGUCAUCAUCACAGACUCCUCAGAUCCGGAUGGUCCUGCUGAAGCGUUCUUCCAAAAAGAGUACUUCCAGUUGUUGAACAACGCGCUGAACGAGACCGGGAUAUUAAUUGCUCAAGCAUCGGAAAACGUAUGGCUAGACAUAGCGUAUCUCAGCGGCUUAAUGAAAAUAGCCCGGUCAGUGUUUCAAAACACUGAGUACUGCUACACUACGGUUCCGACAUAUACUUCGGGCCAAUUGGGCCUCAUAGUGUGCGCCAAGAACGAGGCUCUAGAUUUAAAAAACCCUUGUCGCAUGCCAACCCCGGAUGAACAAACACAGUUGAUGUAUUAUAACCCCGAGAUACACUUUGCGUCCUUCAUAUUGCCCACCUGGGCCGAGAACCUGAUCAACCAAAGUAGCCCUUAA